AAGAGGGAUAUGUCCCUCACUUCUCCUCCACAGAUCCAAAUUAGAAAAAACGAAUAAGGAAAAAAAGAAAAGCAUGAAUUAUCCAUUUACGCUUUCUAUGUUGUUCACCUUUCUCACACAAGCACCAAGCUUUUCCUCCUUAUUACCCCCUCGAAAUUCUCAGAAGCCAUGGUCAUAAACCUCACACCCUCUCCACCUUCACAUUCCAGUUCCAUCAUCAGAUUGGCAAAUUCAAAGUCACCCAUCUCAGAAUCUUCCUUCAAGCUCAAAGCCCACUUCCCAAAAUCACUUUUUUCUCCUUCAUUUGGUACCCCAAACGCGACCUUCACUUGCAAGAAGCAGUUUUUGCAUGACAAUAGAAGAUGCACACAUGGGAACAGGGUGGAUUUUAGGACGUGGGCUAUUGCUGGAUUUGAUUAUGGGAACUUCGAGGGUCCUCAGUCUGUGCUUGAGGCUGCUGCAGUGUUGACAGCAAUCAUUGUUGUUCAUGAGAGUGGUCACUUCCUUGCUGCUUCUCUCCAAGGCAUCCAUGUGAGUAAAUUUGCAGUUGGGUUUGGUCCAAUUUUAGCUAAGUUCAAUUCAAAGAAUGUAGAAUAUUCCAUUAGAGCUUUUCCUCUUGGUGGGUUUGUGGGGUUUCCUGAUAAUGAUCCCGAGAGUGAUAUUCCUGUUGAUGAUGAGAAUUUGCUUAAGAACAGACCAAUAUUGGAUAGAAUCAUUGUGGUUUCAGCUGGUGUUAUUGCUAAUAUAAUUUUUGCAUUCGUUAUUAUCUUUGUUCAAGUCCUUGCGGUUGGUUUGCCUGUGCAAGAGGUCUUUCCUGGGGUUAUUGUGCCUGAAGUUCGACCCUUUUCAGCUGCUUCUAGAGAUGGGUUGCUUCCUGGGGAUGUGAUCCUUGAAGUCAAUGGAAGUGAGUUCCCUAAACCAGGUCCUAAUGCUGUUUCUGAAGUUGUUGAUAUCAUCAAGAAGAACCCCAAGAGAUAUGUGUUGCUCAAGGUUUUGAGAGGGGAGCAGAACUUUGAAAUAGGGGUCACCCCAGAUGAGAAUUAUGAUGGAACUGGUAAAAUUGGAGUUCAGCUAUCACCAAAUAUGAAGAUAGGUAAGGUUAGACCAAAAAAUUUGGUGGAAGUUAUGAGCUUUACUGCAAAAGAAUUUUGGGGUCUAUCAUCUCAUGUUUUAGAUGGCUUGAAGCAGACUUUUUUAAACUUUUCUCAGUCAGCUGGUAAGGUUUCAGGUCCUGUAGCCAUUAUUGCUGUUGGUGCAGAAGUUGCACGGUCAAACUUGGAUGGUCUCUACCAAUUUGCAGCCAUACUCAAUAUUAACCUUGCGGUUAUAAACCUUCUUCCUUUACCUGCUUUAGAUGGGGGAACAUUGGCAUUGAUCCUCAUUGAGGCUGCCAGGGGUGGGAGAAAGCUACCUCUAGAAGUGGAGCAACGGAUCAUGUCUUCAGGAAUUAUGCUUGUUAUAAUUCUGGGGUUGUUCCUUUUUAUUCGUGAUACCCUAAACCUUGAUAUUAUCAAAGAUAUGUUGUAAUUAUUGUGAAUUCUGGUUAAUAGUCAAAAAGUACUUCAUGAUUCUCAUCUGCAAUCCAGUGCACCAGUUUUAAAAGCCAGUGAUGUAUCCCUUGAGGAGACAAGAUCAUUGUAAAUGAUUGAGGUGAGUUCCUUCCUCCAAGGUUGUUACACGAGAGGCUUCUCUUUGUUACUAAUUGAUUGAUCUGAUCAGGAUCGUAUUUGUGAUCCUGGAAUAUAAAGUUACAGGUUACAAAUACUAGUUGUCUUUAUGAA